AGAUACUUGCAUUGUAUAAAACAGUUUUUUACAAGAAUUUUCGCAUGUUGGAAUUUUUUGGUCAGAUCAUCAUUUUGGAUAUAUUGUUUGUUUGAAUAAUUGGAAAAAAUCCAAAUUCAAAAUGUGUGAUCGUUUUAAUUUGGAUGAUGAUGACCAAGAUAAAUCUGUUUCUGUCUCCAAUGUCGUGUUUCAUCGUUUCAAAAAAAACUUGUUGAGUCAAAUUAUCAGAUGAAUUGCCGAAAAUGUCAACAAAAUCGAGGAUCGGUUUUAUUACAAAAGAAGGACGUUUUCUGUAACGAUUGUUUGAUUGGCCAUUGUACGAAAACAUUUCGUACGACAAUUGGAAAGUCUCGUCUACUCAAAUCGGAAGAUAAAAUCCUUGUAGGAUUUUCAGGUGGCCUUAGUUCAGUUGCCCUGGUUGAUUUAAUUCGCCGUAGAUUGGAUGAAGAACAAUUUCAAAAGCUCCGAUUCAUACCUUCUCUUCUAUUCAUUGAUGAAUCUAUUCUUGACAAUGAAAGGCAAAUUUUUCUUACCAAAGAGCUUUUUGAAUUCAUCUGUCAAGCGAAAAUGGAUUGCUAUUUCAUAUCGUUGCAAUCUUGCAUUGGGGAUUUUUCUAAUCAUAUUGUGAUGAAAGAUGAUACAAUGACAAUUCAAAACAUCAAAGAUUUUUUCGUACAAAAUAACCAUUCUGAAUGUGCACAAAGAUUUCUUCAAAAUAUCAACAAAUUUCGAGAUCCAACUUUAAAAUAUGAUUUUCUUCAAAGGUUUCGGUAUUUGAUUCUGAUGAAAAUGGCAUAUCACUUGAAUAUGGAUAAAGUUUUCGUUGCUAGUACUUUAAAUGAAUUAUCCGUAGGCCUUAUGAACAACAUUUCAUUAGGCCGUGGAAUAAUAGGACCAAAUGAAAUUAAUUUCUGUGAUAAUCGUUAUGGCUCAAUAUUGCUACUUAGGCCAAUGUGUGAGCUGGUUAGCAAAGAAGUUGUAUUCUAUCUAAAAUUUCGUAAACUUGAUCAUAUUCCAUGUAAGCCGGAUUUUUUGACAAGUACUAGAUUUCCUCUUAAAUCAAGUUUACACAGAUUAAAUGAACAUUUUUUAACAUCUUUAUCUGAAGAAUUUCCUUCCACAAUACAUACCGUCUUUAAGACUGGUAAUAAAAUAAAAUCAACAACAUCAACAGUAGUUUCGCUGAUACGUUGUAAAUUCUGUCUUGCUCAACUUGAAAAUCAAUCCGAUGACGAAUACUCAUCAUAUGAUGCAUUGAAACUAACAUCAAUUUUAUCGAUUGGUUCAGAACAACAGUCAUCAUCAUGUAUUGAUGGUGAAAAAUUUAGCCAUUAUUGUUAUUCUUGUUCACGGCUAUGCAAUGAAAUCAACGACAAAACUGAUCAAUUUGAACAAUUUUGUAUUCUUUCAUCAUUGUUGAUUGCUAAGGAUGAAAAUCAAUCAUUAUAAAUUUAGUCAAUU